AUAAGAUUGCUUAUUAACUACCAUUCGAAUUUAUCUCUUGCCAAUGGAAACUUACCUAAAAUUACUACAACAGAUGAAUGAAUUAGGUAGACCCUUUUUUUUUUUAAAUGUAUUUUCAAAUAGAGGCAAUUUAUUCUGAGAUUUGACACAAAAGGACUACUAAGUUUUGAGACAUAUAAAGAAGGGUCAAGCGGAGUGACAGAAAUCAAUAAAGUGAAUUGGAUUACGGAGAAAAUAUGGUUUGGUUGACUGAUUUUGUCUUGACUUGGCUUCGAAUUCCUACUCCUCUCUUCAUUCUUGUAUCAUAUCAACGACUCCCCUUUCUUCCCAUUAACCAAACAACUUGACCAAAACUCUUCUUUGCUUGCCUAUAUAACCCUCUUUCAUUCAACCAUCUUCAUCACAACACAUUUCACUUGUCUAAUUCACCAACCUUCUCCACUUCUCAUCACAAGCUUCAAGUUCUCUCACCCGAAUAAAAAAUGAGGAGUGAUUCAACUACCAUUGAUGUCCCUGAAUCAAGCGCUGCUGCUAAAGGAAAAGCGCCUCUUAUGCCGGCUCCAAGGCCAGAAAAAAGUCCAUACAAAAAGGGCUUGGCUAUUUUGGACUUCCUUUUGAGGAUAGGUGCCAUAGUGACAACUCUAGCUGCAGCUGCUGCUAUGGGAACUAGUGAUGAAACUCUUCCUUUCUUCACUCAGUUCUUUCAGUUUCAAGCUAGUUAUGAUGAUCUUCCCACCUUUACGUUUUUUGUGAUUGCAAUGGCAAUAGUAGGUGGCUACCUCGUACUUUCACUUCCCUUCUCCAUCAUAACCAUUGUUCGUCCACAUGCCACUGGACCAAGACUCCUUCUGAUCAUUUUGGAUACUGUGGCACUAACUCUAACCACAGCUGCGGGUGCAGCCGCUGCUGCCAUAGUUUAUUUGGCACACAAUGGAAACACAAACACCAACUGGCUAGCUAUUUGUCAGCAAUAUGGAGACUUCUGCCAGAAAGUCAGCGGGGCUGUGGUGGCAUCUUUCAUUGCUGUUGCGCUCUUUGUGGUAAUGGUGGUGCUGUCAGCUUUGGCUCUCCGAAGGCAUUGAGAGUGCACAUUGAUUUUUAUGUUUAAAUGAUUCCUUUGUUGUGUCCAGAAAUUUGAGUUUCAUUUUAUAAGGGUACUGGUAAAUGUGAUAUCAUCGUACUGGAGGAAUUGCUGUUGAAUAUAAUGUGUGUGUGUU